ACAAACGCAUCACACCACUCGAUCCCCUCUCUCUCCACUCGCCAGUAGCAGCGCAGGUCUCCAACCAAACCAAAUGCCGUCGCCGAAACCCUUCGCGACAGCCGCCGGUAUGCUCCGCGCCCGCCUGACCCCCUCCAUCCGCACCCGCGGCGGCCACGACCACGGCCCGAGCCGCUGGACCUCCCCGGGCCACCAGGACCGGCCCAACGGCUACCUCUUCAACCGCGUCCCGCCGCCGCCCGGGCAACCGAGGCAGUGGGAGGACUGGGAGCUCCCUUGCUACCUGACCAGCUUUCUCACCAUCGUCAUCCUCGGCGUCGGGCUCAACGCCAAGCCCGAUCUCACUAUAGAGACCUGGGCCCACCACAAAGCCCUCGAGCGCCUCGAACAGGCCCAGCAGUUGGCUGCCUCCGCCGUUGAUGAUGCCGAAUAGUCGCCCCGAUCGUAUCGGUACGGGUUUUAGUUUGUCCCUCCUUUGGCCGGUCUAUGUCGAAUUAGGGCUUUUUUUUGGCAAUGAUGUGUUGAUAUGGGGUUUGUGGUGGUUGACUGGUUGUAGUUGAAAUAAGGUAUCAACUCUUGAACUCAGAUUUACCUUUUAUUACUGUCUGAAAAGGCUAAGUUACAGCGAUUUUAGCUGUUAAUUUUGAUUUUCGCCGUGAUAAUCUUCCUGGAGACUAUUGUCUUAAUUAUAUGAUUUUGUGCAACUUAAA